UACAAACAUUCGUUUUAGAUACGGUUGGACGUAACUUCUCCACCGUCUUAUUUCUCCCGCCUAGUCCCACUAUUCCCAUGAUUCCUCCCCUCACAUCCUGCCCACCAUGCCUCGCAACCUAGCAGGCCGACCCCUCCACGCCUUCAUAACCGGCGGCAGUCGCGGCAUCGGCCGCGCAACCGCACACCUCUUCGCUCGCAACGGCUACCGCUGCACUUUACUCUCGCGCUCCGAAGCAGCCCUCCAAGCCGCCGUAUCCUCCCUACCCGCCCUACCCCGCGCCCCCUCCCUCGCCGAGCACGAAUUCGAACACGCAUACAUAGCAGCCGACGUCUCCAACCCCUCCUUCUGGACCAAGCAGUCCUUCCGCGAUGCCGCACAGCGCUCCAUGCCCAGCCGCACUGAAGGUCUCGGACACAUCGACGUGCUUGUGAAUUGCGCUGGCGUGUCCGAAUCCUCCUCCUUCAUCAUGUCCGACAUUGCCGAUAUCCAGAAGAUCAUUGAUACGAAUCUCACGGCGCUGAUGGUCGGGACGCGGUUCCUGCUCCGGAAGAGAUACAUUAAGGGCGCUUCGCUGGCAGAGAGUACGCUGCACCAGCCCUCAGCUGCGGAAGGGGAGGCGGAGGUGUCCACGCCUGUUAUCAUCAAUAUGUCGAGCUUGCUGGGACUACACGGGGGAAAGGGAGCCGUCGCCUACGCUGCCAGCAAAGCAGGCGUGCUGGGCUUCACGCGCGCGCUCGCGGCAGAAGUGGGUCCUGUGGGUAUCCGCGUCAAUGCCAUUGUGCCUGGCUAUGUGGAGACGGACAUGACGAAAGGGCUCGACCAUUCCGCCCUGAUAAACCGCAUUCCACUGAAGCGCUUCGGCAAGCCCGAAGAAAUUGCCUUAGCAGCUCUGUUCCUGGCCAAGAACCAAUACGCGCAUAACUGCGUGAUUAACCUGGACGGCGGCCUUUCAGCUAUGUAAGGACGCGCUGUUUCCCUGCCUCGUAGAUGGCAUGCGAUGCUCCACAUUCUCCAGAUAUUCCCUCUCCCCCCCCCCUCAAAAGCCAAAUCCCCUGCUCCAAAGUUAUGGUAUAUUCCUAUAGCCGCCAAAAACGCCGAGAAAGUGA